UCUCGCUAUUGAGCUUUCUCCCCUUGCUGCUGCGGUGUCACAUAUGUACCACUUGUAGUUCAGGUUGCCCCAGCAGCCGCCGUUACAGAUGCUGAGGGUUUGAGAAAAGCUGUGGGUAAUGCACAAGGACAAACGAUGCAAACAGAUGCCAGUACACUGUGGUCAAAGGCAUGUCACAUUUGACCUGCCCGCAGCUGUGCCUAGCUAGCCUGUCAGCUAAAGUUGGCUACCGACCGUUAGCUCAACUGCAGCUGACAAGCGGAGGGGCGCCCAGAAUGAUAAAGUUAAGCUAACAGUGAAACAAAACCUCACAAAAAUACACGUUACAACACAUCCACUGCUAAGUGCUGCAACGAGGCGGGUUAAGGGCCGCAGUAUUUUUGAAACUUUUCGACUCCCAUGUGGACUUUAUCCAGAGUUUCCAGCCGUCGUUUGAAGAGGGUUAGCGACAGUGACAGCCCCUGCAGCAGCCACCCAGCCAGGAACCAACAAUGUUGCUGCUGUCCGGUUCCACACGCAUACUCGGAAGAGGAACAACUUCGCUCCGUGAUCCGUUUAAGAGGAUUUGCGCAAACAUGUCGUCCUCCUCUACCUCGGGUAAGAGACUGCGGGUUCUGGUUGACAUGGACGGGGUCCUGGCGGACUUCGAGGGCGGGUUCUUGAAGAAGUACCGCACCAGGUACCCGGACGAGCCCUACAUCAGCCUGGAUGACAGGAGGGGGUUUUGGGUGUCGACGCAGUAUGGGCGGCUGAGGAGUGACCUGUGUGAAAAAGCCAUGAGUAUCUGGGAGUCCAAGGACUUUUUCAUGGAACUGGAGCCGCUGCCAGGAGGAGUGGAGGCUGUUAAGGAGAUGACCAAGAUGGAUAACACAGAUGUCUUUAUUUGCACCAGCCCUAUAAAGCAUUACAAACACUGCCCGCAUGAGAAGUAUGCCUGGGUGGAGAAGCAUUUUGGCCAUGACUUUCUGGAGCAGGUCAUCCUGACCAGAGACAAGACAUUAAUCACCGGAGACAUCCUCAUAGACGACAAGCCCGACAUUUUAGGCGUGGAGCCCAAACCGACGUGGGAGCACAUCCUGUUCACCGCCUGCCACAACAAGCAUCUGUCCGCCAGCCCCUCCCAGAGACGGCUCCUGUCCUGGUCGGACGACUGGAGGGCCAUCCUGGACAGCAAGCGGCAGUGAGGGUCUCGCCCUCGGGGCCCAACAUCCCCACCGCGCCGGUGGGCGUUGAGGCUCCGAGGGAUGGCUUGUCUUGCAGAGCCAAUGGCAGAAUGCAUUUCUGAAAAGAAGGAAGGUUGAAUAUUUAGAUGGGAGUGAUGAUCAGCCACAUGAACAUUAAUGUACACGCCGGAUGUUUUUCACAAAGGAGACACUUUUGAGCUGAGGACAUUCACUUGUUUGGCCACAAGGGGGCACUCUAAGACUGAGGGUGAGGUGGGGUUUGACGACCAGCUCUCCACCAAUUUCACUGAAACAACUGUGACAGAGUGAACUCGCCGUUGACUGAUCUGUGUCUGUUUUUUGGGUUCUUAUUGUGGACAUUUUAUUUUUUGAGCCGCUGGAGGAGUUCAUCUGAGGUUUUCUUCACAAAAGGCUCAUCAGUAGUUGACAGUUCUGAGAUGCACUAAUGAGUCAGUGGACUGGAAUCACUCACAAAAACAGGGCACUCCACUACACACGAAACUCCACAAAACAUAUGCUCCACGGGUCGUAGGUACUGUCGAGUAUGUGCAAUACGUGAACACAGGAAGGUGGCCCGGACUCGCUGUUAUGCGAGGUGAUGUCCUCUUUCUGCGAGAGGACUGCGUUGUGUCUCGGUCACAGAAUCACAUGCACAGAGAUAUCUCUUAGUGUUUUUAAAGAAUCGAUAUGGUGAUGUUGGUGCUUUUUUUUGUUUCACUUAUUUCCUCUCUCCUGUUUUUCAAUGAUCUAUGCAUCUCUGCUCACACACCGAUGGGGAAAAAAAAACUUCCAUACGAACUGCACACAUAUAAAUGCAUGUUGCCAAAACCAUGUUGAAUAUAUUAGAGAAACAGUCACUGAAAAGUGUGUGCUGAAAAUGUUUAAAAUAUUAAAAGAUGUGAAGAUUGUUUAAAAGAUGGAUGUCAGACUGAUUUCUAGAUGUAAGAAUGAACUAAACCUCAGAACAGAAGAUGAUUUAUGUUGUCAGAUGCUUCUUGUUUUUACAAGACAAAGAGUUUUUAACUGCAUAUUUUAUUAAUUUCUGACAAAAUAUCAUGCAGUUUGCCCAUUGUAGGCACACUGAAAUGAGAAAGUAACAUUGUCAAUAUGUCUAAAACCAAUACACAGCACUUGCAUGUGUUUUAAAACCAACUCUUCACCACACUUGUUAGAUAGUGCUCAUGCCAUGUGGGAUUAUGUCCGCAUCAUUUCUGAUAAAACAAACUGUGACAAAUAGUCAUGACUUUGUUUUACUUAUAUUUUCUCCUUUAAGCAUGUUCACAUAAACCCAUUGCACCAGAUUAAAAAACAGGCAGAGUGCCUCUACGA